UGUGUGUGUGUGUGUAAAACAAAAGGAGGAGUUUCUCAGCUUUUUGAGCACGUAAAAGAAGGAAGUUGGGGGGGGGGUUCUGGGUUAAAACCUUCAUUCUUUACAGUUUGUGUAACAGACACGACGUAGUUAAUCGACGUAGUUAAUAUUGAUUUUCCACAGCACUUUUUUUCCUCGAGACUUCGUAGAAGAGCUUCAGAGGGUAAGCCAUGUGCACAGCCAAGUGCUCCCACAUCAGGGAUGAGAUCUUCCUCCUCAUCUUCACCUGACCAGUUCUUAAGCAGCACACCUGAAGAUCAGAGUUCUUGUUUAGGUGAGAGUGAUUUCGAGUGUGGGACAGAUGACUUAUUGGACUUGAAUGCUUCCCUGAAAGACUCUGAGUAUUUCAGAGACCUCCAGGCCAGACCUGGUGGAGAGUGUGAGCCUUCUCAGAGUCCCCUGGCUGUGUUUAUUGACACAGAGGACAAACCACAGCUCAGUCCAGGAUUAGUCUUCUACCCAUCGCCCACGCUACACUGUGAAACAUACUUAGAAAACCUCUCGUCAUCACACAGUAACACCAACCUGCUGUCUGACCAAGGAGAGGUGAUGGAUUUGGCAGAGAGUUCAGACGAGAUGUGCUUGGAUGACUUGAACAGCGACAGUUUCCCUAUCCUUGUCAGGUCUAUGUCCACCUCGCGGAGACACAGCUCAGAUGUUCCACUGAAUCCACUCGGCCUGGGGAGAAGGUUUAGUCUGGACACCAGGAGUGUAGACAGUGAUGGAGAGCAAGAUGACCAGAGCCAGUCUCAGAGCUCGGUGGAGGAGUUCACUUCAUGUGGAGAACCAGAGCUCAUCAAAUCCCCACCGUCCACCCAAGAGAGGAUGUAUUCCAGAUCUGAGAUUGUGUCGCCAGUUGAAAAGUCUCAAGCUGAGAGGGUCUCACGUAUCCUGGAAACUUCCAAACAAGCAGCCCGAGCUUCAGGAGAGGAACAUGACUCAGAUGAGAGUUUACGCUCAGCAGAAGGACAAUGUCACAUGGCAAAUCAUAGAACCUCAAGUGCUGACAGGAAAGAAAAUGUCACCUGGUAUGAAUUUCUCUCCAUCGAGAAUGAGGAAGAGGAGGAGAGAGUGGAAAGGCCAGAGAAGGGCACUAAGGUGAAGCGCACCCUGAGCUCGUUGAGAAACCGAAUGACCGGAUCAUUUAACAAAGACAAGGGUAAGAACCGUGAAAAAGAGCAGCAGAAAGAGAGAGACAGAGAGAGGGAAAAGGAGAAAGAGAGAGAAAGGGAGCUGAAGGGGGACACUUGCACGGUUAGCAGCAGCUGUAAUGGCCACCAGCUUGUGCGUGGCUCUUUCUCGAGCCGAGCCACAUGCUCACUGUGCAGCAAGACCCUGCAGAGGAAGCAUGGUCUGCAGUGUGUCAAUUGUGCUGUUAACGUUCACAAAAGCUGUAAGAGUCUCCUGCCCGAGUGUAGCAACAGUAAAAACAAGAAUAAAGAUUUUGCCCAGAAGAGCCAAACAGCUUCUCAGCCCUGUAGUCAAGCCUCGAGGGAGCAGUGCCUCACCUCCGAUGGCGCCAUCCGCCCGGCUGCAGGCAUGACCAUCCUGCCUCGAGGAGCCAGCGGGCAGCAAAGCGCUCACAGCAGCAAUCACACGCUCAGUCACACCAGCAGCUCCAGCUCUAUUACAGGGGAGAUGGAUGAAGUUGACGCAUUCAGAAUUAAAAGGCACACAGAAGAUACCAUCUCUAUCACUCCAUCUACAGCCGAGUCUGUUAUAGUGGAAGAUGCGUACUACAACAAUGUGAGGGCGGAGCUGGAGUCACUUGCUCAGGACUUUGAUGUGGAGUCGUGGAGCUUGGCCGUGGAUCAGCAUUUCUUAAAGAAACAUUCCAAGGAAGUGAUUAAGAGACAGGACGUGAUUUAUGAGCUGAUCCAGACAGAGAUGCACCAUGUGCGCACGCUGAAGAUCAUGCUGCUAGUUUACGUGCAUGAGCUGCGUGAGACUCUGCAGCUGGACGAGCGCAGCCUGGACUGUUUAUUCCCACAGUUGGAAAGCCUGCUGAAAUUACACAGCCAUUUCCUGUCCCGCCUCCAAAAGCGACGCCAAGAAAUGCUGGAGCCAGGAAGCGACCACAACUACGUCAUGCACAGAGUGGCAGAUAUCAUAAGUGACCAGUUUUCUGGUGAGCUCGGAGAGAUGAUGAAGGAAAGCUAUGGCGUGUUUUGCAGUCACCACACCGAAGCAGUCAACUACUACAAAGAGCAGCUGCAGAGCAACAAAAAAUUUCAGAACCAUAUAAGGAAAAUAAACAACUUGCCCAUUGUCCGACGACUCGGCGUUCCUGAGUGCAUCCUGCUUGUCACACAGCGCAUCACCAAAUAUCCCGUUCUCGUGGAGCGCAUGCUGCAGUACACAGAAGCCGGCUCUGAAGAACACGAGGAGCUGGCAGGAGCUUUUGUUCUGAUCAGAAAUGCCCUCGUGCAGGUAGAUGCCCAGGUGAAUCUGUUUGAGAAGGAGACACGCCUCAAAGAAAUCGCUGCCAAGAUGGAGCCUAAAGCAUUUGGCAAGAUCAAAGAUGGACGCAUCUUUAGGAGGGAGGAUGUCACACCGAGCAAACGGAGGCUGAUACAUGAAGGCAUGGUCAACUGGAAGGCCGCCUCCGGCAGACUUAAGGAUAUCCUGGCUGUGCUACUCACAGAUGUUCUGCUUCUGCUACAAGACAAGGACCAGAGAUAUGUCUUCUCUGCUGUGGACGGGAAGCCAUCAGUGAUCUCACUGCAGAAGCUGAUUGUCAGAGAAGUGGCACAUGAAGAAAAGGCCAUGUUCCUCAUCUGUGCCUCCUCUAAUGAGCCUGAGAUGUAUGAGAUCCACACAGCCUCGAAAGAGGAGCGCAACACCUGGAUCGCACACAUCAGGCAGGCCGUUGACAGCUGUCCUCAUACAGAGGAGAGACUCUUCACUGAAGAGGAGGGAGCGAGACUGCAACGCUUCAGAGACAUUCAAGAACAACUGACAGUGAAAGACGCUCUGAUCAGACAGGCUCUGACAGACAAGCUGCACUUAUAUGCAGACCUCUCUGAGUGUGUGGGUGGUUUAGAGGACACAAGAAGUCAGCGUCAUCUCUUGCUGCGGGGAGAUGCCUCAGAUCUCCAGCAGGGGGAGCAACUGCUCAAAAGAGCCUUAACAGAGGUGGAGAACCUGCAGAAUGUUCUGGUGUCAGGUGGGCACGUCUUUCCUCAGACAGAGGAAAAUCAAAGUUCCAACUCGCUGCCCAGGAGAGCAGGAACAUUUGGGGGCUACGACAGCAGCAUCAGUCCACAGCACAAGCAUGACAGUUUGAAGAAACAGUCAAUUGGAGCAGGAAAGUCCAGAGACAGGAGUCAGAGAGCCAGUUCAGACCCUCAGCUUAAAGAAAUGUGUCUCGGUCAAGAACUGGAAGAGACCGAUAUUUCUUUACCCAGCUGGAAUACGAACUCCUCCAGGUUCCAAAAUACAGAGUUUUCUAGCCGGGUUCUUCUGCUUUCUCAACAACUCUACAGUCUUCAGGCGAUUGUUUCCCAGCAGGACAGCUUGAUUGAGCUACAGCGGGCAUCUCUUUUCUCAGCAGAACGACAGCGCGGCACAGAUGUGCUCCUUGAGCAGGAGAAACAGAGAAACCUGGAGAAGCAUCGUGAGGAGAUGGCUCAUUUCCAGCGUCUACAGGCACAGCAGCAACAGGAGCAAGAGCGCUGGGAACGCGAGCGAGCGAGGCAGCAGAAACAGCAUGAGGCUGAGCAGCUCAGGCUUCAGGAGCGAGAGGAAUCAUGCAGGAAGGUGGAGGAGAGACUUUCCCAGGAAAGGCAGGAUCUUCAGAACCAGAGGCAGAAAUACCAGCAGGAUCUGGAGAGAUUACGAGAAUCCACGCGGGCAGUGGAGAAGGAGCGGGAGAAACUUGAGCAGCAAAGGAAAAUGAAAAAACGCAAUACUGCACCCAUUACACCAACAUAUGGGCAUGACACAGCACAGCUCCCCCUGUCCUCCAGUUUUAACGGUGACAUCCUGGGAAACUCUGGAACAGAUCUGGCCCUCCAGUCUCGCUCUCAGCUCCGCUCCACCGUCUCGCUAUCUACUGCUGAUUACCCAGAGAGGACAGACAUUCCUUCACGCCGGGAGGGUGCCAACACCCUACCCGCCAAAACCGAGGUCCCUAUCCACCUGGUCAGCACCACCAACCAGCAGCACAAGCAGGGCGGAGUCCAACAGCAGAUUCCCACCAAGCUGGCCACAUUGAAGAGCAAGGACAAGAGCAGCAAAAGUAAAGGCUCCCAGCGCACAGACAGCUCAGCUUCAAUUGACAUGAAGCAGAUGCUCGCUCUGAAACUGUCAGAGAGUUCUGCAAAAUCUCGUCGCUCGGUCAGUCCGAAUCAACAGCCUCAACUUGCUCAGCCUCCAGUUACAGAUCCCCUGUCUAUUGGAGAUAAAUACAUCCCAGAGCAUCUGAAAGCAAAGAACCAGAGCUUUCCACAUUCCUACCCUCUCCCUGACGAAAAAGACAAGGAGGAUGUCAUCUUUUUCUGAAUGUUUCUGUAUGAAAAAAUUGUUACACUUCAAGGUUCAAAAUUUUAAUCACUUCUAAUAGCUUUUUCUCACUGUUGAAUAGAAGAACCAGGUGACAAAAAUAGGUUUUAAUCAAAAUUUAAAUCUUAAAGAAACAUCUACAACAGUGCAUAGUCUGGCAGAUGCAUGAGGAGCACGAUAUAAAAGGAAGAACAUGACAUGAAAUGAAAAUGUGCGUAAACAGGGAUGAGCUGUGUGUGCACUUGACUCGAAACAAUACUGUAUUUCCAGGGAAAAGAAGAAAAAGAAAAAAAAUCACAGAAGGAUUUUGUGUGUCGCAGCUCAGACCUGAAAGAACAAAAUGCAGAAAUGUUAAGAUGCGUGUUGUUUUGUUUAUAAAGGAAGCUUUUUAUGAUGUUAGAACCUCAUUUAAAUGUUGGGUCGAGAAUAGAUUUUUUUUGUUUGAUCAUUUGUCCAGUUUAUUGAUUUUAACCUGCACAACAGAAAGCGUCCGUCUCAUUAGAUUACAUUGGAAAAACGGCAAAAUCUAAAUAAAAAAAAAAAACACUAUAAAAUGAGAACUUUAAGAUUUUUCCCUGCAGGUUCUACUAAAGUAUCAAAGCGAUACAUGAUAAGCAAUUACGCUGAUAAAAUCUUUAAAUCUUUGACUGAUAUUUUGACACUUUUUUUUUUUUUUUUUUUU